GCUCAGGCUACAACCACAUGAUGUCCACUGCAAUGAGGACAACCCUAAUUCCUCUGUGUGUGUGCCUGCUGCUGGCCUCCAGCUUGAGUGAGGCAGGCAAGCUGCUGGUGGUCCCCAUGGAUGGGAGUCACUGGUUUACCAUGCGCUCGGUGGUGGAGAAGCUCAUCCGGAGAGGACAUGAGCUGGUUGUCGUCAUGCCAGAGGUGAGUUGGCAACUGGGACAGUCCCUGAAUUGUACAGUGAAGAGCUACAAGACGUCUCACACCCUGGAAGAUAUGGACCUUGCAAUGAAGGAUUUUGCUGAAACUCAUUGGAAAGUUCGGGAGGACGACAUACUCUCUCUUUGGAGUGGUUCAGGAUACAAAUUUUUCGAACUCAUGUUUUCCCAUUGUAGGAGUUUGUUUAAUGACAAGAAAUUAGUGGAGUACUUGAAAGAAAGCUCUUUUGAUGCAAUUUUUCUGGAUCCUUUUGAUAUGUGUGGCUUAGUGGUUGCCAAAUAUUUAUCACUGCCAUCUGUGGUGUUCACCAGGGGAGUAUUUUGCCACUAUCUUGAAGAAGCUACGCAGUGUCCCCAUCCUCUUUCUUAUGUUCCAGUGAUUCUUUUAGGUUUCUCAGAUGUCAUGACCUUCAAGGAGAGAGUUUGGAACCAUAUCAUUCACCUUCAAGGGCGUUUAUUUUGCCACCAUUUUUUCAAAACUGUCUUAGCACUUGCUUCUGAAGUUUUCCCAGAGCCUGUCACACUCUAUGACCUCUUCAGCCACACCUCAAUCUGGUUGUUAAGAACUGACUUUGUUUUGGAUUAUCCCAAACCUGUGAUGCCCAACAUGGUCUACGUGGGUGGCAUUAACUGCCAUGAGGGGAAACCUUUGUCAAAGGUGAGUUCUAGCUCCUUUAGCCUGGAAGGAUUAGCAUGCUUUGAUAUUCUGUGUAAAUAACAAACCUUGUGUUUG